AUUGAAUUGAAGUUUGCCUUUAUAACAUCGAUGCUUUAGGAGGAGAUGCUAGGCAUGAUCAUGGGAAGCGUGUUGGCCAAGUGUGCUGCAACCGACCUCGGCAUUCAAUGGGUCGGAUGGGCGCUAGCGUCUGCAUUCAAAACGGAAAAGUUUUACGACUUGGCAGGAUCGGGUACCUUCGUAUUGCUGGCCCAUUUGAGUCGUCUGUGGGGUGGCCAUGGGCACCUUAGGCAGAACAUACAAACUGGAUUUGUCACUGCCUGGGGACUCAGGCUCGGGACUUUUCUCUUUCUCAGAAUCCUUAAAGAAGGACAAGACCGGCGGUUUAACAAUGUCAGAGACAGCCCAGGGACAUUCUUUGUGUAUUGGACCAUGCAAGCUUUGUGGGUAUUUGUUACCCUCUUGCCCACGCUAAUUUUAAACAAUGAGAGAAGGGAUGAACCCUUGGGCCCUCGUGACUAUAUCGGGUGGGGAAUAUGGGGGCUUGGCUUUGCUACACAAGCCAUUGCCGACCAGCAGAAGUGGAAUUUUAAGAGUGAUCCAGAUAACGCUGGAAAAUUUAUUCAUCAUGGAUUAUGGGCAUACAGCAGACACCCAAACUAUCUAGGGGAGAUCCUGCAGUGGUCGGGAUUAUUCCUGUCAGCAUCCUCAGUCAUGCGUGGACCGCAGUACUUAAGUGUGAUCUCACCCGUCUUCGUCUGGUUUCUACUGAGGCACGUUAGUGGCAUCCCCAUCUUAGAGAAACAAGCUAUGAAGAAAUGGGGAUCAGAUCGUGCUUUUCAAGAUUACAUCCAAGCCACUCCACUCCUUUGGCCCUUUCCCAAGUUUAAAGGAGAGUGAAGCACUACACUUGUUUCAAGCACAGAUACAAGCAGUCAAACAAAAACCUCAGGAUCACAAUAUUCAGGAGAAAAUAUUGUACCAAUUUCCUUUUUUCAGUAUGUUUGUAUAAUAAAGUGACUUGGCCAUUAUAA